AUGGAUUCCGGUGAGUCGGAGGCUGAAGAGGGUGGAGGCGAUCAGGGUUUCAGGAACAUUCGAGAGCUCGUACCCUCUCUUACUCCUUCCGCUGAAGUUACCCCUCACCCAGUCUUCCCGUCUCUCCCUAUUUCAGAAACCCCCAAAAUUGUUGCUCCAUCCCCUCCAUCUUCUGAGGCUCCCACCAGUCAAAGAACCAGUGGAGAACAAGGUCAAAACCCUGAGGUCAUAAAGAGUUCUGCCAUCGUUGCUACCGACUCCGUGGUGGUAGUAGUACCAUUUGAGGAAGUGAAAAAUGUUGUAACGGUACAAAGUGUGGGGGACAAAGGGGCCAUUGUAACUGUUGAAGGGGAUGCACUAGCAGAUACUACUGGACCAUCACAUGAGGAACCUGAUCCCUCUCCGGAGGACCCAGGUCAGGGCUCUCAUUCCCAGGACAGUUCUGUUCCUGCAUUCACUACUGUGCCCUUGGAAAUACAAGUACCUGAAAUGAGAUCCAGUGAUGAGGAGGACCUAGACAAUGUGGCUCUUGAUGCGCUUCAAGCUAAGGUGGCCUACGAUUCUGCUCUUCAAAAUAGCAAGAAAAGUAGUAAGAAAAAAAGGAGAAAGUUGGUGAAAGACAGUGUACCUGUAAGAGAUGAGGCAAUCCCUGUAGUAGAGGUGGAUGAGGAAACCCUAGAUGAACCUGGUUCACUGGUUAGACGGUCUUUAAAAAAGAAGAAGCAUGUUUCAACAGAGAAGGGGUCAACCUCUAGGUCCAAGAUGAAGGAGGAGGUGAGUGAGUUCUCGAUGUCUGAUGAGGAUGUGUUAGUCAAAUCCAAGGAAAAAGGAAAAGUAAGCGGUGAGAAGUCCGGGAAACGCAAGUCUAAAAUUUUUGACGAACCCGGUUCUAUGAAGAGAAUGAGAAGUGAAGUCAGCCUUGGCUCUGAACGUCUGCGACAUCAAAAGGUUCUGCUGGGUCGUACAUUUGACCCAGCAAUCUCUGAGAUGGCUGGUAUGCGCCAAAUUCUGGAAAUGGUCGAGUUUCAAUGCUGGGCGCACUUAUUCCAAAUGGAUGCACCUAAGGUAUAUGAGGAUGAGCUUUUCCCCUGUGAGUCUGCCUGCUAUCAGGAUUGA